GCAAAAAUUGAAAAUGGAGCACGACCACAUGCAAGAGCGGCUCAACCAACUGGUGUCCAACCUCAGCGCGGAAGAAAGGGCUUGUGAAAGAAUCUCUGUUCAGGUUAUGGAGGGCAUGGAACAACGCAAGCAAAUGAUGGCGAUGUGGACUGGUGCUAUAGAGAAUUUGCGUCAGAGGGACAUGGAAAUUCGGCACAUAAGAGAGGACUACGCAGUGUUAGACGCAGAAGCCAACAACCUCGCUGAGAAGUGUCGUGAGCAACAGAGCUUCUGCGAACAGCAGCAAGGCAACAACACUGACGCGCAGCGAGAGAACAUGGCGCUCGCCAACCAGCUCAGUCAGAUGCGAAUGGCGUUCCAGAGGACUGCCGAGCACAAUACGUCUUUGGACAGCGAGGCACACAGCCUCCAGCGUGAACUUAACAACAUACGGAUUAGCUUAGAGAAGCUGCACAUGGAGAAUCGACAGCUCAUGGACAACCAGCAUCGUAAGGAUGUGCAGCUGCAAGCUAUUAUUGCUAAGAUUAAAGAUUUGAAAGAAAAGCUGUUAGAUUCGACGGACAAAUCGAAAAGUUCGGAGAGACGUGCCAAGGAAUUGGAAGAUAUGUUGAACGAAGAGGAACGAUACGCAACUAACGUAACAACAAAUCAACAACGCGCAAUGCACUGUUCGUUUGUUGAACAACAGAAACUGUUGGCCCUGAAAAAUGAAGAGAAACUCUUCCAUAUGCAGCUCAAAGCUUCAAAGGCCAUCAUGAGCAAGCUAGACACCAAACAGAUCGCUGCAGAAAAGAAUCUACAAUCGCAGAAAGAAUCACUCUACGGUAUUUGCUAUCAACUGGAGACGAUGGGCGCGCAAGUACUGCACAUGGAGGGCCAAAAGUCUGAGCGAGAGUUUUCAGCCGCGCUAGCCGCCCGGGAAGAUCGGCUGAAGGAAGUGCUGGCUCGACACAUGGCGCGGGUGGCACUACUGGAGCGCCAUUCGGGCAAGCUGUUCGACGAUAUGCGGCGCCUCACGCGCGACCUGGAGCUGAAGGGCGUGGACCAUACCAAGCUGCAAAGUCGCCUAAAGUCAUCGAUGUUGAACGUGGAGGGCGGCGAUAAGGAGCUGCGCGCGCUGCGAGACGCGUGGCGGCGCGCGCGCGUUGAGGAAGCGCUGCUGCGACUGCGCGUGGCGCACGGAGAGCGCGCCAUCGCAGGGCUCGGCGACACUGCCUUCACUCUUGACAAGCAGCGGCUACAACUUGAUGCGGCUAUGAACGAGCGGCUGGUGGAGAUUGCAGCUCGACGGGAGAUUUUCAGCGUGCAGCGGCGCGCUUUGAUGGAGGAGUGCGGCCAGCUGCGGGGAGACAUCCGCGAGCGGGAGCAGCGCGUGCAGCAGCUCAUGAAGAGAUACGAAAUUUUCAUCGCUUCUCUGGGCAAGGAUGAGAGCGGUCAACAGGUGUCGGUGUCAUAUUUUAAAAUAAAGUUUGCAGCCCAAAGGGCGGAACUGCGCGAAGCGGGUGCAGCGCUGGACGCAGACAUCGGCCGGCAGGAGAAGGACAUCUCCGCGCUGGAGGCCACGCUGCGCGUAGUGCACGCCGCGCACAAACACUUCCUCCACCACAUCGCGCCGCUGCCUGACGACGCACCGGAGAUGGAAGAAGUGACUCAGCUGAGGCAGCAGUACUACGAGAAACGCGACGAACUGAAAGCUCUCAACGCCAGCAUCGAGCGCACGGGAGAGACGGUGGCCGAGCGUGUCUCCCAGCUGACCCUGCUCGGGGACAAGUACAAGCAGCUUACAGCCAGAGAAGCUGAAUGCGAGAACGAGUUAGACACAGUGAAGGAGCGCGUGGGGAAACAGGAAAGCAGACUGCAAAAGGCGCACGAGGUAGCGCGCGCCAACGCUCGCCGCGCUAUGAAGCUCAUUGAGGGAGUUGAUCAAUGGCGGACUUUUCAGUUGUCGAUAUGGAUACGCAACUACUGCGAGGCGGCGCACAACGCGUUGCAAGCGCUGGGCGAGGUGUCGCGACAGUCGCCCGAAGCGGCGGCGCGUGUCGCGGUUCUGCUGUCCACGUCGCAGCUGACGCGGUUCAUACCACCUGUGCAGCGCCGUCUCACCGCACUGCUGCAACGAAUAAUAACGGACGCAUCAGUGUUAAAGAAGGACUCGCUUCCUGAAUUGGACGAAAGCGUAUUUUCCGAAUCCUCCAAGUCAAGCGGCAGCGGCGUAUCGCUCGCGUCGGGCUACACGCGGCGCCUCGCCGACUUCAGACAAACUCUCGCGCACAAAGUACAAGAGGACGCGUUGGUCAGUGACAUCCGUGAACAAGUGCGUCGCUCAAGUGUUUCCCUACGGGUCGUAACGUUGGGACUGCAAGACACCGUGCCGACGUUGGCGCCGUCGACAACAUCUCGCAAGUCUCUGAGAUAACUUCCGUCGGCACUAACGAGACUAAUCAAGUGCCCGACCUAUACAAAUGAGACUAAUUUGAACGAAUUUGGUACAUCUAAAGGCUAUGUUACACUGAUGAUUCAAAUGCUAGUUAUAGCUCGGAAGUAACAUAUAGGUAGAUAUAUUCUAUUUUAUGACUAGCGGACACGCGCGAUUUUGUUCGCAUGGAAACUCGACCAAAUUUAGGGUGUAAAUUUUGAAAAAUCCUUUUGUAACGAAUGUGCAGGUUUUGCGCAUUGAUGUGUUGUAGGGUUAUUUUAAAACUAAACGUUUUCCGUUCCGUUUCCGUUGUACAUUUCUUUGUAUACAACGGCGCCCAAGGUUCCUAUUAUUGAACAGUGCUUCUUACAUUUUGCAAGUGUAGGUAUAUUUUUUGUAUACACCUACCUCACCAUUGGAAUGAAAAUAAUGCCAACUCCCUUGCAUUGUUACUAAAAUUUCUAAGCCUUUGAUGAAAGCAUACUUUUAAAUUAGAUGAUAUUUAAGGAUGUAGGUACCUGCCUGUAGGCUAAUUGCUAGUGCGAUUAGAUACCUAUAUCUUGUAACCGAUUUUGGCAGAUUAUUAUAAUAACUACAAAUAUG